ACUUUUGGUUUUCCAGCAACAAAAAAUCUAAAGUUUCGCUGGAGAAUUUGGAAGAACGAGAAACAUUUGCAAGAUGGGUCUCAAAAUGAACAGGAAAGUGCUAUCUUUGUUCGUACUUUUGGCGAUCACCGCCACAGCUCAAUGUGGCAAUGUCUAUGACAUCACAAAAUAUGGAGCAAAAUCUAAUAACGAUGCCAAUCAGGCUCUUGGCCAGGCCUGGAAAGCAGCGUGUGCAUCAAAAGUUCCAUCAAAAGUGGUAGUGCCAAAAGGAACGUUCAGGUUAAGCCGGGCAGCCUUUUUUGGACCUUGCAAGGCUCCCAUUGAAUUCAUGAUCGUCGGCACGUUGCAGGCUCCGCAGAACCCAGGCGGUUUUAAGGAUGGCGACGGAUGGGUUACUUUCCAGGAUAUCGACAGGCUAACCCUAGACGGUGGCGGAACCUUCGACGGCAAUGGCCAAAAUGUGUGGGGAAAGCAUUGCACUAGGCUUAACUAUUGCAGCAAGCUUCCGAUUAACCUUAGAUUCAACUUCAUAAAGAAUUCGGUUAUCAAGAGCGUGACAUCCCUGAACAGCAAACAGUUCCACAUAAUGGUUUUGGGAGGAGUGAACCUGUCAUUCAGAAACCUCAAAAUCAUAGCCCCAGAAGACAGCUACAACACCGACGGUAUUCACAUAGGGCGAUCGACCAACAUCAGCAUCACCGAUUCGUACAUUCAGACCGGCGACGACUGCAUCUCCGUUGGCGACGGAACCAAGAACCUGACUGUCAAGGGAGUCACCUGCGGACCUGGCCACGGCAUUAGCAUCGGAAGUCUCGGAAAAUACCGCAAUGAAGCUCCCGUCCAAGGCAUCACCGUUAGAGACUGCACCUUCAAGAACACCCAGAAUGGUGUUAGGAUCAAGACAUGGCCUAAUGCUAACGAGGGCAGUGCCUCCGACCUCCGCUUCGAGAACCUUUACAUGCAAAACGUCGGAAGCCCGGUUUUGAUUGACCAAGAGUACUGCCCAUGGAACCAAUGCAAUACACAGAAUCCAUCAAAAGUUAAGCUUAGCAAAAUCAGCUUCAAGAACAUUUGGGGCACGUCUUCAACCCCGCUCGCGGUCAAUCUAAUUUGCAGCAGAGGAUAUCCAUGCCAAAAUGUGGAAGUUGGAAACAUUGAUCUCAAAUACAAAGGAAAAGAUGGUCCUGCUCACUCCGUUUGCAAGAAUGUCAACGUUAAGGUUACGGGCAAAAUGAACCCAUCUCCUUGCAAGUUUAAGGCUUAGAUUAAUUAGGAUUUUGAAAAUAUUGUGACCCUCGAUAAUGUGUUUAUUAAAAAGCAGAUAACCAGAUUAUGAUUUCCGAUUAUGUAACACUUUGC